AUGACGACGCCACUGACGCUCACGGGGCAAAUUCGCGCUGCCACGCGCGAGAUCCACAAUGUCUCGGACAACCUUGUGAAUCUGAAGUUGGUGGUGGCACUGACGGACAAGCAGCUUUAUGGCCGUGCGCUGAUGCUCUUCUACUACAUACACGUGCAGCUGGAGGCGUCCAUUAGAAAACACCAGGACCACGACGCCUUUCGUGGGCUCUACGAGAUCCUCAACGAGAUCGCCAGGGCUGACGGUAUCGCCAAGGAUCUACGGUUCUACCUUGGUGAGGACUGGAGUACUAAGUAUCAGUCAACUCAAGCGGUGCAAAACUACGUCAACCACUUGCAAGAAUUGGAGAAGAAGAUAGAAGUAAACUCCUCGUCGUUUGCAAUACAGAAUCCGAUCUUGGUGUUGCCGUACUGCUACCACAUGUACAUGGCGAUGUUGGCGGGCGGGGCGAUGAUCAAGAAGCUGGUUAAGAGAAGCUUUGCGCCACCAGAGGGGGAGGGGCUCAAUUCUUUUGCCUUCGACGUUAAGAGCAACAAGGUUGUUCGAAGUCUCGACGGUGCUGGAAAUCAUGUGAUGAAGUUCAUCCUAAAGUGGCUCGUCAUCAUCGGCCUCAUCCUUGGGACGCUUUUCGGCUUGCUGCCCCGUUUAAUCCAUCAGAACUAG